CCGAAUUCCAUGUCGAUCUCAACAGGCCUGUGAUAUUAGUUCAACGCCCUGACACAAAUACAGAAGGUUUCACCCAGGAAAGUUACGGGUAUAAACUGUUAAAUCUCAGUAUGGAGCAGCUACUUUCUCGUCGUCGCAGAUUGAGGCACAAAAUAGCCAAGAGGGGACUAACCAAGUUCUUGCCCGAUAUCAAGUGCAAGUCCCUAGAAGUCGUGGGACGGCAGGUCAAGGAUCAACUGGGGCUCAUCUUGCCCUCCUCGGAGUUCUACAAGAACUCCUUGCGCUUCUACAAGCGAUGCACAAAACCUGAUCGCCAGGAGUUCCUGCGUAUUAGCGGGGCCAUUGGCGUGGGGUUCCUCCUCAUGGGCCUGAUUGGGUUCGCGGUCAAGCUGAUGCACAUUCCCAUCGUCAACAUUAUCAUGGACUGAAACCAAACCAGAAAGCCUGAACGGUAAUAAAGUCUCAAUUCAACUGCUUA